AUGCUCGGUCUACUCUCCACGCUGCUGUUCGCCUCGACAGCGCUCGCCAUCCCUACCAUCUCCGCCAAGGGCUCCAAGUUCUUCACCAGCGACGGCAACCAGUUCUACAUCAAGGGAGUCGCCUACCAACUCACCAGUGACGACCCUCUCGCAGAUGGCGACCAAUGCAAGCUGGAUGCCACCCUCAUGAAAUCUCUCGGAGCCAACACCAUUCGAGUCUACCAUGUCGAUCCCUCUGCCAACCACGACGCCUGCAUGUCCGCCUUCUCCGACGCCGCCAUCUACGUCUUCCUCGACCUGGACACUCUCGGCACCUACAUCCUGCCCGAUGACCCGUCUUGGAACAACAGUCAACUCCAGGCCUACUCCAAGGUCAUGGAUACUUUCCACAGCUACGACAACGUCGCCGGCUUCUUCGUCGGUAAUGAGGUCCUCACCACGGGAGCCAACAGUAUCGCUGCACCCUACGUGAGUUCUCGCUUUCUACUCUCCCUUGCGUGUUGAGCGUUGCUGAUCCUGUUGGAUAUGUAGGUCAAGGCCGCUGCUAGGGACAUGAAGGCUUACCGAGACUCCAAGGGAUACCGCAAGAUUCCUGUCGGCUACUCUGCCGCCGACAUUGCCGAUCUGCGUCCCAACCUGCAGAACUAUCUGGCUUGUGGAUCCAACAGCUCCGACACCCUCGAUUUCUUCAGCUUGAACGCGUACGAAUGGUGCGGUCAGUCCACUUACACCGAGAGUGGCUAUUCGAUGCUGCAGCAGAAUGCUUCGGACUACUCCAUCCCCAUCUUCUUCAGCGAGACUGGAUGCAACACGGUCAAGCCGCGCACCUUUGUAAGUCCAUCAACAAGGAUGUACUCCUUGGACAUUGUCUGACUGUUCUCCACAGGGCGACCAAGCCGCCAUCUUCGGCCCCGAAAUGUCCGGCACCUGGUCCGGCGCCAUCAUCUACGAAUGGAUCGAAGAAACAAACGACUACGGCCUCGUCUCGUACGGUACCCCCGCCGCCGCAACCGCAACGGGCGAGAACGUGGUCGCAGGCUACACCCGCGCCGGCACCCCGACCCCCAUCUCCCCGGACUUCGACAACCUGAAGAGCCAAUGGGCCACUCUGUCCCCCACGGGGAUCUCGCAAUCGGCUUAUUCCCCCUCCCUCUCGGCGCCGCCCUGCCCGUCUUUCACCAGCAACGUCUGGUUGGUCAACGGCGGCGUUUCCCUCCCGACUCUGAACCAACAGUACAGCGCUCAGGUCUCGAGCAGCAUCACGGCCGGCACGGCGGCGACGGCCUCGGGCUCUCAUCAGGCCACGUCGGCUUCUGGAAACGCUGCCGCUGCUUCUUCCUCGUCGUCUUCCGCUUCCAGCGCUUCCUCGGUCACUCGCGCGGGUACCUUUACGGAUGGAAUGAUGUUUGCUCUCUGCGCGGGUGCUUUUACGCUGGUUGCUGCUUUUGCAUUUACGCUCUAG